ACAAUAAACGCUGGAAGCGGGUCCCUCUUAAGAAAAUCUAAUUCAAAGUCAUUUCAUUUCAACUCCUCUUCCCAUUCUCCUUUCUCCUUUUCUUUCCACAGCAGUGGUACUCGCUAUUGUACGCCAGUAGGUACACAGUAAGCACCAACACCCUUCCAUUUUCGUACACCCAACGCUUUCUAUUUAUAUCUUCCUACGUGAAUGCCUAAUUGUACUUUACCAUUAUUACCUUCCCUUUCGGAUUUGGAUUUGGAUCGGAUAUUAAAAUGGAUCCGCAAACUUCGUUGAUUAACCACGCCGGAGGUUUUCAGUCUCCGCCUCCGCCGCCGUUUAAUUUGGCUGAUAUCUGGCAGUUUCCAGGCAAUGCUGGUGGAAAUGCGACGGCCUAUAGUUUUCCGGUGUCGGCGUCGGCGGUGGCGGCGGUGGAGCAGGAGCAUAAUAUGAGUGAUGUACCGGAGAAUGAUCCGAUGAGAAGAGCUAGGAAGCGAAGGGAGGAUGAUGAAUGUGCUAAAGGAGUUUCUACUAGUGGCAAUGGCUUGACUGAAUCUGAUAGUAAACGGCUGAAGGCUACGAGAUUGAAUGAAAAUUGCGAAGCUAGAUGUGAUGGGGAAGGGAAUUCAAGGAAGUCUGCAGAACAACCUGCAAAGCCUGCUGAACCACCGAAAGAUUACAUUCAUGUGCGAGCAAGAAGGGGUCAAGCUACAGAUAGUCACAGUCUAGCAGAAAGAGCUAGGAGAGAAAAGAUAAGUGAGAGGAUGAAAGUCCUCCAAGAUAUAGUCCCUGGUUGUAAUAAGGUUAUUGGCAAAGCUCUUGUUCUUGAUGAGAUAAUAAAUUAUAUUCAAUCAUUACAACACCAGGUUGAGUUUUUAUCAAUGAAGCUUGAAGCGGUUAAUUCAAGAGCGGCAAGCAUAGAAGGAUUUCGAUCUAAAGAUUUUGGACACCAAACAUUUGAUCCAAAUGCAAUGGCAUUCGGUUCACAAGCUACAAGGGAAUAUGCCAGGGGAACAUCACCAGAAUGGCUGCAUAUGCAGCUUGGUGGAGGAUUUGAACGAACAACAUAAAUCCGCAUCAAAAGGUUAUUAAUAAGAUCACUGAGAGGCUAAUGCCUUGGUGAUCGCCAGAACACAUGGCCAGACGAGGUUUCUUUGUGAGCUUAUAUCCGAUAUUUUUAUGAGGCGCAAAGUUGUUGAAUGUCUAGUACAGCUGAUAGACAAACAACCACAUUUUCAACUUCGUUCGUUGGUAAAGCAUCUAUCUUAUUAUACUUGUUGCAGGCACCAUAUUCUCUUUCGUGAAUACUGGAGCACAAUUGUUAAAACUGAUACGUAUUCUUGUGCAAAUGCUUGUUUAAUAAUAGGUAUAGAACUGGACGUAUCAAUAUGUUGUAUUUGUACCUAUAUACUAGCUUAAUAAAGUGUUCUGUCCCGUCCUAAAAA